GAAAACGUACUACCAGAAAACAGUUCAAGGCGAGUCAAGUAAAGUCCAGAAAAGUGAUAAUAUCAACGGAUAAACAGGAGGUUAACCAUAAUCAUGGCCAAAAGGAGGGGUUGCAGAUAAAUCAAGAGAGUAGGGAAUCUGAUGACUUGCAAUUGAAGGAAAAAUCGAGGGAGAUUAUGAGAAACACCCAUAAAGCUUUGUGUUCUAAUAAGGUCAAGGCGAGGGAUGAUAUCGGUCUUCAUAACCCAAAAGAUGAUCCUCCAAAUUGGGGCUAUUAUUCAGAUGGGGAAUCUCUCCUCUCUCAUGUGUUGGAAGGUUGGGAGGUAUUCAAGGAGCUUAGCAAGGAAUUAAAGAAAAAUUUUGAGAGAGGAAAAAGAUCAAUAAGGGCUUCUCUGGUGCCUUCUUCAAUAGCGCCACAUCAGUUUCUUCUCAUGUUCUAUGAAAAAAAAUUAUGGGGCUGGCUCCAAAAGGAUCCUAAGAUCAUGAGCAAAUCACAGCACUUCCCGUAUAUCAUAAAUCUCUUGGUCAUAUAUGGAAUCCAAACUGUCAUUCUGCCAAUUAGCAUGCUCGUCAACUAA